CGUCCUUCUUUCCUGCGCGCACAUUUGGCACCUCCUGCGCAUCAGGUGUUUAAAAAAAAAAAAAAAAAAAUCGAGCCGCACUGUUUUUUUUUUUAUUCCAGUCUGAGGUGGACCCAGCGGAUGUGUGGACAAAAGUCACCGGAGGAACUUCACCCUGCAGCGAACGUUAACAUUUCAGGGGUCGGGGUUGGUGGGCGGUGGGGAGGUGGGGGGGGGGGGUGGAAUCAACAGGAUGAAAGUGGACUUCGGGUGGCCGUUUCGCCUUUUUUUGCUGCCCUGCGUGAUCGUUUGCAGCGGCGUCUACAAGAACCGCUACGCUGGCGAUCAAGUCUUCAGGAUUAGCCCGAGUGACGACGAGGAGGUGUGCACGCUCAGGAACAUUCUCGGCAACAUGAAGGUGGACCUGUGGCGGCCCAACAGCGUUUCCCUGAUCAGCCACAACGCUACGGUGGACGUGCACGUCAAACGCGGCGACACGAGACCGCUACAUGCCGCCUUGAAGCGGGAACGCAUACAAUAUAGCGUUUUCAUCACUAAUCUGCAACAGGAAAUUGAAAAGCAGAGGAGACGCCGCUCGUCUCGCAAGCGGAGGUCAGACGGUCCGUACGACUACGAGGUCUACCACUCCCUGGAGGAGAUCCAGAGGUGGAUGUUGGAGAUGAACACAACUCAGUCGGACCUGCUCGACAUGUUCUCCAUCGGGAAGUCGUACGAAGGACGACCCCUUUACGUCCUCCAGCUAGGAAAGAGAGGUCGCCCGCAGAAAAAGGCCGUCUGGAUCGACUGCGGGGUCCACGCCAGGGAGUGGAUCGGACCCGCCUUCUGUCAGUGGUUCGUCAAAGAGGCGCUUAAUUCGUACCGGUACGACCCGGCGACGAGACGACUGCUCAACCAGCUCAAUUUCUACAUCAUGCCCGUCUUCAACGUGGACGGGUACCACUUCAGCUGGACCACGGAUCGGUUCUGGAGGAAGACGCGAUCCAAAAAUCCAAAGUUCCACUGCAGAGGAGUGGACGCCAACAGGAACUGGAAAGUCAAAUGGUGUGAAGAGGGUGCUUCCUCUCACCCCUGCGACGAUACCUACUGCGGGCCCCACCCCGAGUCCGAGCCGGAGGUGAAGGCUGUCGCCAAGUUCCUGCGCAAGCACAAGAAGCGCGUCAAGGCCUACAUCUCUGUGCACGCGUACGCCCAGAUGCUCCUCUACCCGUAUUCGUACAAGUACGCCGCCAUCCCCAACUUUAACUGCGUGGAGUCAGCAGCUCAGAAUGCAGUGACGGCACUGUACUCGGCCUAUGGAGUCAAGUACAGAUAUGGACCUGCUUCGACAACACUAUGUAAGUACUGCAUAUAUUAUUGCACCUCCUUAUUAUUACAACAAAGUAGAAUAUGGUUAAAAAUAACCGGAAUAAAUAAUGUGUUUCCCUGUGACAAAGACGUCAGCUCGGGCAGUUCCAUAGACUGGGCCUACAGGAACGGGAUCCCGUACGCGUUUGCCUUCGAGCUGCGGGACACGGGCUACUUUGGCUUCCUGCUGCCGGAGACCCUCAUCAACCCCACGUGCACCGAGACCACGCGGGCGGUGAAGGCCAUCGCGUCGGGCCUGCUCAAGAAGUGCUACACGGACACCGGAGCCUUCCCGUACAUACGAACGGACUCGGGGCACGACGAUAAACGACACACGAUUUGAUAUUCGAGAACUUGUCGUCAUUAAGCAGCAUGGUUUGAUUUAAAAA